UGCAUGUGAGUGUGUGCAUGGGGAAGAGUCUUCUGGCUGCGUUGGCGUCUGCUGCGGCUCGGCUGGGAAGCCCCCAGCCCCCCUCCUCUUCCCCUCUGAGGGGUGAAGCUGCCUCUCUACCUCUCUCCACCUUCACCCGGUGUGAGUUUAUCUCUACAUGGGUCUGAGCCCCAGCGGCAGAGCCCCCACCGACGCAGAGUCCCGCUGCGGCCCUCGGCCUCAGGCUACCAGGCAGCGGACAGGCCUCUCGCCUUCUCCUCCCGUGGGAAGGCAGACAUCAUGGAGGAAUCCUCGGUUGAAGCCCUGGACUCCAGCACUCAAGACGAUGUGCCCCCCCUGGCUGUGAAGGGUGUUAAUGUGCUGCUUGAGAGAGAACGGUCCGAAGGCAUCAGCAGCCCAUCCAGAGAUGACGACUCCACCAUGCUGAACGCGGGAACCCACAGCAGCAUCCUGGACGACAACACUAAGUCCGAUUCUGGCCUCCCAGAGGGGAGGAGUAAGUCCAGCGGCCUUUGCUUCAGUGAUGGAAAGUGCCGCAUUGACUACAUCCUGGUUUACAGGAAAUCCAGCUCACAAUCAGAGAAGAGGGAGAUAUUUGAGCGGAAUAUCCGUGCAGAGGGCUUACAGAUGGAAAAGGAGGCCUCUUUAACAAACAGUGACGUGAUUUUUCUGAAGCUUCAUGCACCAUGGGAUGUUCUCUGUCGCUACGCAGAGCUCAUGAACAUUCGCAUGCCUUUUAGGAGGAAAAUCUUUUACAUGCACCGACGGCACAAGUUCAUGAGCAGGAUGGAGAAGCGUAUCAACAAAUUUCGUGGCUGGCUUCCCCGCAAGCCCAUGAAGUUUGACAACAACACUCUGCCCGAUCUGGAGGAGAACGAGAGCUUUACUGCCCCCUUCAGUCGAUCAAGGAUACAUCAUUUCAUCAUCCACAACAAAGACACUUUUUUCAACAACGCCACCAGAAGUCGCAUUGUCCACCACAUCCUGCAGAGGGUCAAAUAUGAGGAGGGUAAAAAUAAAAUGGGGAUUAAUCGUCUUCUGAGCAAUAAUUCAUAUGAGGCUGCUUUCCCUCUUCAUGAGGGGAGGUACCACAGCAAAAACUCCAUCAGAACACACGGAGCAGAGAACCACCGGCACCUGCUGUACGAGUGUUGGGCCUGGUGGGGAGUUUGGUACAAAUACCAACCACUUGACCUCAUCAGGAGGUAUUUUGGGGAGAAGAUCGGUCUGUACUUUGCCUGGCUCGGCUGGUACACGGGGAUGCUUUUUCCUGCAGCUCUGGUUGGCCUUUUGGUAUUCCUGUAUGGCAUCUUUACUCUGGAGCACUGCCAGGUCAGUAAGGAAAUCUGCCAGGCCACUGACAUCAUCAUGUGCCCCAUCUGUGACCAGUACUGCCCCUACCUAAGACUGUCAGACAGCUGCAUCUAUGCCAAGGUCACCCAUCUUUUCGACAAUGGGGCAACUGUUUUCUUUGCUGUAUUCAUGGCUGUUUGGGCAACAGUCUUCCUGGAGUUCUGGAAAAGACGCAGAGCUGUCCUCGCAUAUGAUUGGGACCUCAUUGACUGGGAGGAAGAGGAGGAUGAAAUACGCCCCCAGUUUGAGGCCAAAUACUCUAAGAAGGAGAGGAUGAACCCCAUAUCUGGAAAACCAGAACCUUACCAGGCCUUCACUGACAAAUACAGUCGCCUCAUCGUCUCAGCAUCCGGGAUCUUCUUCAUGAUACUGGUCGUGAUUGCUGCUGUGUUUGGCAUCGUCAUUUACCGUGUGAUCACCGUCAGCACCUUCGCCGCCUUCGGCUGGGCUCUCAUCAGGAACAACUCUCAGGUGGCAACCACAGGAACGGCAGUCUGCAUCAACUUCUGUGUCAUCAUGCUCCUCAACGUACUCUAUGAAAAAGUUGCUCUUCUUCUUACUAAUUUGGAACAGCCAAGAACAGAGUCAGAGUGGGAGAACAGCUUUACCCUCAAGAUGUUCCUUUUUCAGUUUGUCAACCUCAACAGUUCAACUUUCUACAUUGCCUUCUUUUUGGGAAGAUUUACAGGCCGGCCUGGUGCAUAUCUACGCCUCAUCAAUCGCUGGAAACUGGAAGAAUGUCACCCCAGUGGAUGUCUCAUUGACCUCUGUAUGCAGAUGGGGAUCAUCAUGGUGCUAAAACAGACCUGGAACAAUUUCAUGGAGCUCGGCUACCCGCUGGUCCAAAACUGGUGGACACGGCGGAGGCUGAGGAGAGAGCACGGACAGAAAGCCAAGGCCAGCUUCCCACAGUGGGAGAGAGAUUACAACCUACAGCCAAUGAAUGCCUAUGGACUUUUUGAUGAAUACUUAGAAAUGAUUUUGCAGUUUGGCUUCACCACCAUUUUUGUGGCAGCUUUCCCCCUGGCCCCUCUGUUAGCGCUGCUCAACAACGUCAUUGAGAUUCGCUUAGACGCCUACAAGUUUGUCACACAGUGGCGGCGACCUCUGCCCUCACAAGCCAAAGACAUAGGGAUCUGGUAUGGCAUUCUGGAGGGCAUCGGCAUCUUGUCUGUCAUCACCAACGCCUUUGUCAUCGCUGUUACCUCAGAUUUCAUCCCUCGCCUUGUUUAUGCCUACAAAUAUGGCCCUUGUGCUGGUCAGGGACGAGCAGGGGAGGGGUGUAUGAUGGGUUAUGUCAACGCCAGUCUUUCAGUAUUCCGAGUGUCUGACUUUGAGAAGAGAUCACAGCCCAAAACAUCUGGCACCGAGCUGUUUGGAGAAUCUGUGAAGUAUUGCAGGUAUCGUGACUACAGGGAGCCUCCAGACUCUGCUGAGCCCUACUCAUACACUCUGCAGUUCUGGCACGUCCUGGCAGCCCGGCUGGCAUUCAUCAUUGUAUUUGAGCAUAUGGUCUUUGCCAUCAAGACCCUGAUCGCAUACUUGAUCCCCGACCUUCCCAAGGACCUGCGGGACAGAAUGCGCAGGGAGAAAUACCUGAUCCAGGAGAUGAUGUAUGAGGCAGAGUUGGAGAGACUGCAAAAGGAGAAAAACGAGAAGAACAAGAAAGACAGGGCCCAUCACAAGGAAUGGCCCUGAAUGCACCAAUUGGUUAUCAGCUGGUGUUUGGUUUUCACUGCACAGUGGAGGAAGGAAAGGAGUGCUGGGUUUCCUGCAUGAUACUGGACCCUCAUACCUUCCUCUUGCCAUGUCAGACCAGCGCCUCAUGGUGGACAAUUGAUGAACUGCACCCAGCAGAGCCGCAGUGACCACAGAGCCCAUGUGUCGACAGACAUAACGGAUAUGUCCUCUUGAAUAUUUGCUAGAGGAUUUUGCUACCUUUUUCUUCUGCAGAUAGUUUCUACCACGUUGGACUCACAGCAGCGUAUGUCUUCAGAUCCUGAAUGUAGAUUUCAAGCAAGACUAAACUUUUACAGAUUUCUUGUCUUAGUUGAGAGAGAUUACUCUCCCAAACUUACUGAAUGACAAACCCUGUUUACAUUUCUUCUUGUUUGAGGAGUUCACAUUUUCUUUGUUGUAAAUAAGCAUAUUUAAAUGAAUGUCAGGCCAUCUGCUCUGCUAAACUGUAGUGCAAUAAAAACUAGAGAAUGCAA